CGUCGCGAUAACAGCUUUUCCCCAGUAAGCAUUUGUUCAGAAUAUCUUCGCCAAACACCAAGACCAAACUACCAGCAGUGCCUGUGUUCCACCAUAUUUGUCGGCUACUUCUGGCCGGCUCUAAGAGUCCCGUGGACACGCAGACCGCGGCUGCUGACUUGGAGCACUCCCUAUCGACGUUUUGCCGAUACGCCAAAGCGCUCAAAGGUCCAUCUACAAGCUGACCAUACUAUGUAUCAUCGGCCGGUUCAAGAAGAACAGACUCCACCCAGACGCCGUUUCCAGAUACAUAGUGAAUUCGGUAUCGCACGACAGCGCCGGAGCCGAAAGGCUCGUCCAUGCGAUGUGUGCCGCAAGCGCAAGACUGCCUGUGUCAUAAACGACCGCCCACCUUGUGUCUUCUGUAAGUCAAGAGGCCUAACCUGCCAGUCGACCCUGGGGCCACGAAGAUUACACAAUUUUCCCAGUCCAGGUGUGGGAGAUUACGAACAGGAUGGGAGUGGCGGACACUCACUUGCCGCAACCACGAACACCCCCGGAGAACAUGUCCUAUCCGUGGAGGGGGUUCCGGAGAGCCCUUUGGUGGCGGACCAAUCUAUCGGCACUCCCAGCCUGGAUUCGAUCCGAACCAACGACACGAGACGUGGCCCCACCGACAAUGGCGUGGUCUCGCCUGUUGGUACGGCUACUGUUCGAUCAGACUCAAAGGUCUAUACCCUCGAGGACGGCAUUGACGUGACGGCACGCUCGAUGGGCAUCGCUGCUGAGCAGGAUCCACACCUGCUGGCAUUCUUUCGAGCGAUCAUAAUUGAUGAGCAGGAUCGUGUUCACAGCAAUGUUGUCCAAGUAUCCCUUGGUGAUGCCUCGACUGGGGCGGUUCCUAUUCAUUUCACACUCCUCCAAAACGACUUCCAAUCACAUGACAACCAAAUCCGAUACGAAGCCUCGGAUGAGAUCGAGUCUAAGGUCGGCCCAUACGGUCCCAACCUCGUUAAGCUUUACUUUAAGCAUAUUCAUUCUGUCUACUGCGUCAUCUCCAAGACUCGCUUUCUUCGAGCAUACAGGACUGACAAGACGAGUAUUCCGGCGUCUUUGAGAGGCGUUGUUUACGGUUUAGCCUCCGUUUUUUGGAAUGACGAUUCUCUUCUUAGAACAGUGCCACAGCCCUUUGAGCAAUACGAGUUGUUCCUGGCCGCUCGUGCUUCUCUAGAAAGGGAACUAGAUGCGCCAAACCUCUGGAAGAUGCAAGCGUGUCUUCUUAUCAUACACGAGGCAACUCCGAGCUAUUGGUCCCACGAAACACCUCGAGCGUGGACUCUGUCGGCACAGGCGGUUGCGUGUGCUCAGGAAAUCGGCCUUCAUCGUGACCCCUCUGACUGGAAGAUUGCGCCUUGGGAGAAGAGCUUGCGGAAGAAGUUGUGGUGGGCAACAUACAUGACCGAUAUCUGGUCAUCCAUCACCAAUGGCAAUCCAAGCCACAUCCAUAGCUCGUCGUACACAACCUCGAACCUGGACAUGGCCGAUCUCGAAUUCGACGAAGACGUCCCCGAAGAUUUGCAGGACAUGGUCCACCCCACGAACCGCCGUUUCGACAUCGCCACCGCGGCACGAUUCUGGGAACACAUCAAACUGACUCAACUCACGCAUCGUCUCUUGGAGACGGCACUCACCGACCAAAGCGUGAAAAUCCCCAUGUUGGAACAGGCACAGCAGGAAUCCCGGCUUUUGAGAAUUCAAAGAGAAUUGAAAGCAUGGUAUAACAUGCUUCCGCAGUGCCUGACGAUGCAUUACAGUACCAGAGAUUGUCGGGUGGCUCACAACGGGCGCAUCCACCUUGGGUACCACGCCACUCAGAUUCUGCUUCUUCGCGCCCUGAUGGCUCCGGCCACGGAAGAAGCGAAGCACAAUCCCGCGUCAUCACUUCGACGGUAUUUCGAGGCUGCGGUAGAAGAGGCCACAUCUUUUUCCGACUUCGUCCAUGGCAUCACACAUGAAGAUGUCGAGGCUUUCUGGGGUUGCCGUGAGUCAAAAUCCGAGGAAGGACCAUGGCUUACUUGGAAACAUCCGUCAUCAAUGCUGACCGGUACUCCUGUGCAUCUAGAUUCCCGAGGCCAACUCGUUUUGGCCGGCAGCUUCACGAUCUAUUUGUUCUUUCUGUCCUCCGGCCCGCAAGAAGUCCAGACCACAUACAAACGCCUCGAGAACUUUCAAGGAUCACUGCUGCGAAUAGCGAGCUUCGCCGGUGAGCCUGCAAAGGGGCUGUUCUGGCCUAUCACACUGAGGAUUGAUUGCUUCUUCAAACACGCGGCUCAGAUCAUGAGAGAAGGGACAGUAGCGAAUUAUUCGGCGCUGGGACGGAUGGUGGAUGUGUCGCCCUGAUAAAGAGCAACAACCUCGAACCUCCAUCAUCCAUGUCUUAUUCCUUUGCCGUCAAUCUCUCCAGACAUUCAAGACGUGGGACAUACGAAUCUUCUGAUCCAUCUAUUCGGAUUCGGCGUCAUUGUUUACCGAAGUACGAGCAAGAAAGCGCCUCCGUAAACUGUUUCGGAUUCAGCUGCGAAGACAGCUCGAGAGACACAGACCUGCUCAGGCGCAUGCUGAUGUCCCCCCAAUCGUUACCGCUCGGGAAGC